AUGGCUUUCAAUAAUAUCCUUCUCGGUGCCUCCGCAGCCCUGUUAGUUACCAGAGCUUCGGCAGUCAAUAAUGGACUAGCCGUCACGCCUCAGAUGGGAUGGAAUAACUGGAACGCUCUUGGGUGUGACGUUUCCGAAGAUCUCCUUGUCCAAACCGCGAAUCUCAUUGUUGACUACGGCCUGAAAGAUCUCGGAUAUCACUACGUCGUAUUGGACGACUGUUGGAGCUCCGGCCGGAAUGCCUCGACCAACAAUAGUCUCAUUCCCGACGCCAAGAAAUUUCCCCGUGGCAUGGCAGCAGUCGCAGAUGAUAUGCAUGCGCUGGGACUGGGUUUCGGCAUGUACUCUUCAGCUGGCAGAUACACUUGUGCAAGGUAUGAAGGCAGUCUUGGAUAUGAGGAAGUUGAUGCUCAGACCUGGGCCGACUGGGGGGUCGAUUAUCUGAAAUAUGAUAAUUGCUAUAACGAGGGUCAGGCAGGAGACCAAUUGAUCUCCGAGUCGCGCUACCAGAAGAUGGCAGAUGCAUUGAACGCCACCGGACGACCAAUUCUCUAUUCCUUGUGCAAUUGGGGCGAGGACUACCCCUGGAACUGGGGCUCCACCAUUGCCAACAGCUGGCGCAUUUCAGGCGAUAUCUUUGAUUACUGGGACACUUAUGAUCCCCGAUGCCCUUGCGAGGGAGCUGAUGCGUGGAACUGUGGCCUCCCCGGUUUCCACUGUUCGAUCACAAACAUCAUGAAUAAAGUCGCCUUCAUCGUCUCGAAAGCCGAGCCAGGUGGAUGGAAUGACCUCGACAUGCUCGAAGUCGGAAAUGGAGCAAUGACUGACGCUGAAUACGUAUCUCACUUCUCCAUGUGGUCUGCCGUAAAAUCUCCUCUCAUAAUGGGCAACGACAUCCGCGAGAUCGCGCCCCAAGAUCUCUCUAUCCUCUCCAACGCAGCCGUUAUAGCAGUCAACCAAGACCCUCUCGGCCAAUCCGCCUCCCGGCGCUGGAUGCGCGUCCCGGGCAGCACAAGCCCCUACGCCGGCCCUGCUCUCCAGCUCUGGACCGGUAACCUGCAAUCGACGACCGACAGCGACCAAAACGACGUGCUCGUCCUGAUGAUCAACGGCUUGGACGAGCCGACAACCAUGAACGCCUCGCUCGCCGAGAUCUUCGCCGACAGCGGACCCGCGGGCAAGGCCCCACAGAUCCAGAUGAGCUGGGAAGUGAGAGACCUGUGGGCGAACCGCAUGAGUGAUGAGACUGCAGCCGCGAUUAUUGCUGCAUCGGCCGCGACGGGUAAUGCUACGACUGGGUAUAAUGUCACGACGGUUGAAGGUGACACUAGAUACAAUGCUACAGCCACAAGCUACAAGCAGGGAUUGGCGGAUAAGAAUGAGUUGUUGUUGGGCAAUGUGACAACGACCGUUAUGCCUGGUGGCACUGUGAGCGCCAUUGUGGAGGCUCAUGGGGUUGCGAUGUAUAGACUGAGAUAUGCGGGUGGUGGCAAGAGGAAGAGAGAAGAGUUGUGA